AUGAAAUUCCUUGUGCUGGCUGCUCUGCUCACAGUGGGCACUGCUGCGCACAGCAUCAGCCCCCGGGCUGUGUGGCAGUUCCGCAACAUGAUCAAGUGCAAGAUCCCCGGCAGUAACCCACUGAAGGAAUACAACAACUACGGCUGCUUCUGUGGCUUGGGGGGCUCGGGAACCCCCGUGGAUGAACUGGACCGGUGCUGCCAGAUCCACGACCACUGCUACACCCGGGCCAAGAGGCUGGACGGCUGUAAAUUCCUCGUGGACAACCCCUACACCAACAGCUACUCCUACAGCUGCUCGGGCACAGAGAUCACCUGCAGCAGCAAAAACAAACCCUGCGAGGCUUUCAUCUGCAACUGCGACCGUGAAGCAGCCAUCUGCUUCUCCAAGGUUCCAUACAACAAGCAGUACAAAGACCUGGACACCAAGAAACAUUGUAAGAAGUGA